AGGCGUCAGAUUGAGGUGCUUAAAUGAUUUGUGAGGUGCAAAGCGUUUUCCUGACAGUCCCAAACAAUGAGAGAAGAGUGUACGGGUGGAUGCGAGGAAGGCAGCAGGCUGCAGGACAAGCAGCCACACACACACACACACACACACACACACACACACACACACACACACACACACACACAAACACACACACACUCUCGCAGCCUCUCUCACAAACAUAUCCACGCACACGCACCCACCUCCCCACCCCCGAUCAUUUCAGAUUAGGACGCCAAGGGGAUAGAUACUCGAGAUAUCAUUUCCUCUUUUAAAAAAAAGUGUAAAUAAAGCCUUUCUGGCCCCCAAUGAGGCGUUCCUUCCCGACUUUUUUGGAUCAAUCAAACAGACAGUGGCUUCUUUUGAUUAAAGCCCAAAUUGUCAUUGGGCAGAGGCAAUCAUGUGACAGCCAAUUCGGUCCAAUUUCAACCUUGUCUCCAUGAAUUCAAUAGUUUAAUAGUAGCACGGUCCCCAUACGGCUGUAAUCAGUGAAUUAGAAAAAAAACACCCCACCAGCGAUCUUCUAUGCUAUAUUUUUUUUCUCCUCUCUCUCCUUUUUCCUGGGCCUUCCCCUCCCCCCGAGGCCCCUGAAUCCGAGGGAACUUUUUCUCCGCGGGGGCUGCCAGUUGAAGGCCAUGAAUUUCGCAUUUGAGCGAGAGAUCGGUUUUAUCAAUAGCCAGCCAUCGCUUGCUGAGUGCCUGACAUCUUUUCCCCCUGUCGGUGAUACAUUUCAAAGUUCAUCAAUCAAGAACUCGACGCUUUCACACUCGACACUGAUUCCUCCUCCUUUCGAGCAGACCAUCCCCAGCCUGAACCCCGGCAGCCACCCUCGCCACAGCGGCGGCGGUCGCCCCAAGGCGAGCCCCCGCGGCCGCAGCGGCAGCCCGGGCCCCGCCGGCGCCCCGCCGCCCCCGGAGUACCCCUGGAUGAAAGAGAAAAAGGCGUCCAAGCGAUCCGCGCUGCCGCCCGCUUCGGCCUCCGCCUCAGCCGCUGGACCUGCCUGCCUCAGCCACAAAGACCCCCUUGAAAUCCCCGAUAGCGGUAGCGGUGGAUCUAGGCGCCUGAGGACGGCUUACACCAACACCCAGCUUUUGGAGCUAGAGAAAGAAUUUCAUUUCAACAAGUAUCUCUGUAGACCAAGGAGGGUUGAGAUUGCAGCCUUGCUGGAUCUGACUGAGAGACAAGUCAAAGUCUGGUUCCAGAACCGGAGGAUGAAGCACAAGAGACAGACCCAGUGCAAGGAGAAUCAAAACAGCGAGGGGAAAUUUAAGAACCUAGAGGACCCCGAAAAAGCAGUGGACGAGGAGGAAGAGGAGGAGGAGGAGAAAUCCCUCUUCGAGCAAGCCCUCAGCAACGUCUCCGGCGCUCUCCUGGAGCGGGAAGGCUACUCUUUCCAGCAGAAUGCCCUCUCCCAGCAGCAGGCGCAGAAUGCGCACAAUGGCGAAUCCCAAACUUUCCCCGUUUCCCCUUUAACGAGCAAUGAGAAAAAUCUGAAACAUUUUCAACAUCAGUCACCCACUGUUCAAAACUGCCUCUCAACAAUGGCCCAGAACUGUGCAGCUGGCCUGAACAAUGACAGUCCUGAGGCCCUAGAUGUCCCUUCUUUACAGGACUUCAACGUUUUCUCCACAGAUUCCUGCCUACAGCUUUCAGAUGCAGUUUCCCCCAGUUUGCCAGGAUCUCUGGACAGUCCCGUAGAUAUCUCUGCUGACAGUUUUGACUUUUUUACAGACACACUCACCACAAUUGACUUGCAGCAUCUGAAUUACUAAGAAAUUAAAGAAGUCCUCUCCAAGGGUCCUGCUUUCUCCUCCUUAUUCUUCUUAAUUUUUCCCCCCAGUGAAUUAAUUUUAUGUUUCCCCUCCCUUUCCCUCUUCACUAUUUUCUGUUUGUUACUUCCCUCUGAUAUGCCAUUUGGCCGUUUCUUAUAAAGUUUAAGUUGUGUUCAAUUUUAACCUAGCCACAUUCUAGGUCCUUCUAUGAAAGCAAUAUAUGAGGUCUGUAAGAAAGUGAUCAUAUAGGAAUGUAUCUUCACUUUCUUUUUAUUUUUGUAUUACAUUAGGAUGCGUUGUCAUAAGUAUUUUUGGUAGAAUAAAUUCUUGUUUGCUACAAGGA